UAUCUCGUACACAUAUAAACCUCCUACCCCCCACCCCAUCUCUUUCUUUUAUUACUGUCAUUCUCUCUUCUCUCAUGUCCAUUUCCUUCAGCAGAACCACAACAAGAAGGCAAAGGGAUGGAUGAAGGGAGAGGGCUAGUUGUGUGUCGAGGACCUGCCAAGCUCCUCUCGAGAAUGAUGGUGAAAAGAAAAGGUGGUGGGUUGCUGCAGCACCAUCUCAGGGUUAUUGGCCUAAUGGGCCUUGUGGGCCUUUUCGCGGUGGCCGGCGUCGACGGCGGCUAUCCGUUGGUGGGCGGCGCCGCCAAGCUUGGCCUCUCAAGCAACCCGUUUCGCCACCGCGAGCAUGCAGUUCGUCGAAUGGAGAGCCUCAAGGCCUCCCUCACCGCCGUGCCGUCCCCUUCGCCGAGUCCCCCGAUUUCAUCGAGAUCGCGAGUGUACCAUGUGACAGACUACGGUGCCGACCCGACCGGGAAGACUGAUUCCAGUGAAGCCAUCGGUAAAGCCAUCUCUGAUGCCUUCCGAGACCCGUCUGAUCGUGUUUUGAUGGCCGGCGUCGCCGAUCUUGGCGGCGCUGAAAUCCAUUUAGGUGGGGGCUCAUACUUGAUUAGUUCUCCUGUAACAUUGCCGGCCACUGGAGGUGGCAAUCUUAAGAUCCACAGCGGAUCAUUACGAGCGUCCGAUGACUUUCCAACCGACCGUUAUCUAAUUGAGCUAUGGGCUUCACGCUCAUCAGGCUCAGACUCCACCAAUGGAGACUCCAAUGGCUACAAAUAUGAGUACAUCACCCUUAGUGGCCUGAUGCUGGACUCCAAUUUCCGUGGCGGGGGCACCGCCAUCGAGAACUCCCUCCGAACGACGAUCGAUGAUUGCUACAUCGUCCAUUUCAUGUCCGAUGGCAUCCUGGUCCAAUCAGGGCAUGAAACCUACAUUAGAAAUUCAUUUAUCGGCCAGCACAUCACCGCCGGAAAUGACCCCGGUGAAAAGGAUUUCUCCGGCACUGGGAUCAAUUUGAUGGGCAACGACAAUGCCGUCACCGACGUCGUCAUUUUCUCGGCCGCAAUAGGAAUUCUAGUCUCCGGCCAGGCCAACACCCUGACAGGGGUCCAUUGUUACAAUAAGGCAACAGGAUGGGGAGGAACUGGCAUUUAUUUGAAAUCGCCCGGGCUAACUCAAACUCGAAUCAUUAACUGUUAUUUAGACUAUACCAGUAUCGUCUCAGAGGACCCGGUCCAGCUCCAUGUAUCGGGUUCAUUCUUCUUAGGCGAUGCCAACGUGGUGCUCAAAUCAGUGAAAGGUGUGAUCAAUGGCGUUGAUAUCGUGGACAAUAUAUUUUCUGGUGGUGGUAAUGGUGUCGAUAUCGUCCAAUUGGAUGAAUCGAAUGGAAAAUUUGGAGACGUUGAUCAGGUAAUUGUGCAGCAUAAUGUUGUUAAGGGUAUGACGUUACGAUCGACGGUGGCGAAGGCCUCAAUGGAUGGGAAUGCGAAGGUGUGGACCGUCGAUUUCUCACCAGUGCUGUUGCUCCCGGACCGGAUCCAGCAUGUACAGUACACGCUGCUUGCAGACUCAAUGUUUCCAAACCAUGCGCUGCGGAACACGUCAGGGAAUCAGGUGGUGAUCGAGACUGAGGUGGCAGUGGCGGCGAGUGUCCACGUGGCAGUGGAUCAGUGUGUAACAAGUAUUGGGUGAAUUCUAGUUUUAAGCGGCAUCAGGGAUAGAACACAGCCAUUCUGAUUAAAUUGUUUCUGUUAUUUUCUUUGUUCCCACAAUUCAAAUUGAAAAUAACAGUAAAAAUCCUUACUGAAGGAAAAUAAGUGAUGUAUUUCUUUGUAUACAUUGAUUCUUCCUUCAUUUUAUUUUGGGAUUUGAUAUAACAGUUGAUGAGGUUCUUUCCA